AUGUCUACCUACUUCAGUUACACCACGAUAACCGCCGAUGUGGAUCCGGCUACGGAGUGGGUCACUGUGACUAGCGAGGCUCUUCGGACGGGUAGGAGAGGUAUGCCAGCGGAGCCAACAUCAUCGAUAUCUCUUCCAGCCGCUCUCGUUCCACCACAAAUACCGUCGUUACCUAGUGCAACGCUUGCUUCAGAAAGACUGCAACGUCUUGAGCUUCAAGAUUCGAAGAUUACCGCAGCGCCGCCUUAUAUCCAGAUCCGAGGCUUGAUUUUGCUCCGGCAAAGUCACACAGAUACAUUGGAAACAAUAGUAACUGAAACGACUACGAUCACAACGACAGGUGAGUCGACGAUCUUCAGUACUUCCACAGUCAGCGAUGUCGAGUGGACAACUUCGUGUGAUACGCGCAUUGCUGCGCUCAACGCGAAGACAACCGUGACUAGCACGGCGACCCUUCGCCUUCAACCUGGCGAAACAGGCCUCCCCUAUGCAGAGGACGAUGAAGAUGUAGUCGGAAGUGGAGCUGGCAAUACGGUGAGGAGGAAAUAUAUAUCCAGCGCAGCGAGAGCAGGUAUCGGUGUCGAUGUAGCGCUGGUCAUCGCUGGAAUCGCAGCGAUCAUAGGAUAUUUUGUCAAGAAACGGAAGAAUAAGAAGACCGCCACUGCUGCGGGAGCUGGAGCUGAAAUCCCAAUGAUAAUCCGGAACCAAUCAUACAACGGCCCCUCACAAAACCCAUCAGGCUCGCCGACGACAAUGUUUGAUUAG